AGUAAAAUUGUGUUAAGUGAAAAAUAAAAUAUAGAAAAAAAUUUGAUUUUGGGCAGAUAAAGAAUAAAUUAUUUAAAAAAUUAAUAAGUAAAAGAAUACUUGACGGUUAAGUCUUCCAAUUUUUAGUUUAAGAAAAAAAAGGAAAAAGCAUAUUCUUGUGGGAUUUUAAACAAAAUUUUCGGCAUUUUUUUUUUUUUGGUUAGCGUGUAGGACCACGUAGCAAGAUGAAAACUCUAUCGUAUUUAUUAUUAGUACUGGCUAUUAUUUUUAAUUGUGCUGAUGCUCUCUACCCAACAAAUGGAGAUGUAGUAGAAUUGACACCCUCCAACUUCGAUAAACUCGUAUUACAAGAUGAUGCUAUUUGGAUUGUUGAGUUUUACGCACCGUGGUGUGGUCAUUGCAAAAAUUUAGUACCAGAGUAUAAAAAAGCAGCUAAAGCUCUAAAGGGUGUUGUUAAAGUCGGAGCUGUAAAUGCAGAUGAUCAUAAAUCUUUGGGCGGGCAAUAUGGUGUACAAGGUUUCCCAACAAUUAAAAUUUUUGGUCAGAAUAAACGAUCUCCAAUUGAUUUUAAUGGACAAAGAACAGCCCAAGGAAUAGCAGAAGCUGGUUUAGCUGAAGCAAAGAAAAAAGUAAAAUCUAUCCUCGGUGGAGGUGGCUCAGAUUCUGAUAGCAGUAGUGGUGAUUCUAAAGAUGUAGUUGAAUUAACCGAUGAUAAUUUCGAUAAAUUAGUGCUUCAAAGUGAUGAUGUUUGGUUAGUUGAAUUCUUUGCACCAUGGUGUGGUCACUGCAAAAACUUAGCACCUCAUUGGGCUAAAGCAGCAACAGAGCUUAAAGGUAAAGUGAAAUUGGGUGCCCUAGAUGCAACAGUUCAUCAAGCAAAAGCUCAACAAUAUGGUGUUAAUGGAUAUCCAACAAUUAAAUUCUUCCCCGGUGGUCGUAAAUCCUCAUCUGACGCAGAAGAUUAUACAGGCGGAAGAACAUCUUCAGACAUAGUAUCUUGGGCAUUGGAAAAAUAUUCUGAUAGUAUUCCAGCUCCAGAGUUAAUCGAAAUUAUAGAUGAGAAGAGUUUUGAUUCAGCCUGUGAUAAUAAACCAUUGUGUGUAGUUUCAGUUUUACCUCAUAUUUUGGAUUGUGAUGCAAAAUGUAGAAAUAAAUAUUUAGAUAUGUUGAAAACUUUGGGCGAAAAAUAUAAAAAGAAAUUAUGGGGUUGGGCUUGGGCAGAAGGAGCAGCACAAUUAUCUUUAGAGGAAUCAUUGGAAAUAGGGGGUUUUGGUUACCCAGCUAUGGCAGUAGUUAAUUUCAAAAAGAUGAAAUUUUCAGUUUUGAAAGGCAGCUUCUCGAAGGAAGGCGUUGAUGAAUUCUUAAGAGAUAUAUCUUAUGGUCGUGGAAAUACAGCUCCAGUACGAGGUGCUAAAAAACCAAAAAUAAACAAAACUGAACCAUGGGAUGGAAAAGAUGGAAAAUUACCAGAAAUUGAAGAUAUCGAUCUUUCUGAUGUAGAUCUAGAUGAAAAAGAUGAGUUGUAAAAUUAAUUUAAUGUAAAUUAAUAAAUUAGGAUCCAAUUUAUUUUAAAAUAACUAAAGACUGCCGGCACAUAAACUUUUUGAUAACAAAAAAAAAAAAUUUUUUUUCCAAGGCGUGUAAACUUAGAACCUGAAUUUAAUUUUUCAAGUUUGGGAUUAAUAAUUUAUACCGGUAAAUGUAAAUUUAUAGUUUCUAUCAAAAAUAUCAUAACUUUGUAAAAUUAAUUGUAAGUUUGAAGUCUAAUUAAAAUUAGUUUAACCAAAUUUUUAACAUUACUUGUUUUACUUUCAAAUUAAAAUAUUUCGUUAUACACUCAUAUAUUUUAAUAUUA